AUGCCCUCAUUUUAUCAAAAGAAAACCGGGAGCUUUGAGAAGUGUCGUGAGCACACUGAACAGUUAUCCCCAGAAGUGUUGGGAGCACCAUUUUUGAUGGAGGACCCAGCAAACCAGUUCCUACGCCUAAAAAGACAAGUGAUACACUUGCAAGAUUUCUGGGACCCAGAUCAUCACCCAGAUGGGAAGGGAACAUCACUUGCUGAUGAGGCUUGGGAAGCAUCGACUUCUUUGAAAGCAAGUGCACAGCGCUAUUUUGACAUGAACACAUUGACCUUUGAUAUAUCUGCUGCCCCAUAA